UUCGUUGCUAAUAUGCUAUAAAGGCGUAUCUUUUCUGGUGAUUAGUGUACCAAGUUUCAUCAUGUUCAUCACGCAUUUCCUUGUUUCUAUGCUAUGUGGUUUGCUUACAUUGUGCGUGAUGUGGUUUGGAAUGUUGACAUAUUUCGUUGGCAAGUACGGGCAAAAGGUGAGUGAGUUGUCAAAACUUGUAUUACGCCGAUGUAUUGAAUGGGUACUUCCAAGUCUACUUUCAAGGAUCCCAUGGUUGCAACACUACAUCGGUAGCGUUUCCCAGCAAAAAUUGCUCUUUGUGCCCGACGCUGAUAACAACCCUGAAAAGGAGCACGAAAUAUCGGAACCUGCGCUCUUUCGUUUUUUAUUGAAUGAAGAAACUUUGAAAGAACUCGAUGAAGCUGACGGAGCUGAAAUACCUGAUAUGCUGGGCGUUUUAAAAGACACCGACAAGAAUUGGGAAAUCACCGAAUUCGAAACCCACCAAAGCAGUAUGGGCUUGUGGGAAGAUUUCAAAGGAGCCUUUCACGUGUUCAUCGUCUUUAAAACGACCAAGAAACGACAAAGUGAAACUGCAGACGCUGAAGUCUACUGGUGGUCACUAGAAAAGGGAAUGGACUACAUCGUCUUGCAACGAUCCCGCAACAAAGAAAACGUAAAGGAAAAGUACGACGGCAAACAGCGGAAAAAAGUGAAACCCAUUGUCGAAAAUCUGGAAGGAAAAGGUACGAUUCAAGAUCUUUUCGCUGUGCUUUGGACCCGACAGGUGAUUGUGGAGAAGUACCACCUCAUGGAAUCCAACUGCCAGUCCUUUGUCACUUUCGUCGGCCAGCAAAUUACAAAUAUCGAAUACAAAUACGAGGGUGUUUUCAAGUGCCCCAAUCCUCCCGAAAAUGACCGAAAAACCGAAAUGUUGGAUUUAAUUAACAUCCUAAGAAUCGCUUUCAAGACCUGGCACCCAUUAUUCACUCUCAUUCAUUUAGAAAACACCCAUCUGUUUGAUACAAUAAGUAAAGGCGGGAAGUACAACAUGGACAUCACUCAACACGGACUUACUCCUCUCCACUUUGCGAUUUUGGCUUCGAAAACCAAAAUGGUCAAACAUCUUCUCAAACCUCCACACAGUGUCGAUCCCACAAAACGCGGCGAAGACGGGAAUAACGCCCUACAAAUGGCGGCCAUGCAUGCAAAGGAAACGGAGAUCUUCGACUCGCUUCUAGCUCAUGACAAAGUCAAGAUUGACGACGUAGACGAAUCCGGACAAACGGCUCUCCAUUCUGCCGUUUCUGCAUCCAACGUCGCCGCUGUUCAACACUUGCUAGCCAGAGGAGCCAAUUUCAGCCUUUGCGAGAAAAAACGCGGCUGGUCUCCUCUUCAUGUGGCAGCUUUUAGUAAUAGGGGGACGGAGAUACUCGAUCUCCUCUUUGAAGCUAAAAAGACCAAGGCAGGCAAUGAAGGGAUUGACGAUGUCGACGACAAACGUGGGAUGACUGCACUUCAUUGGGCCGCCUCCUCAUCCAAUGUAAUCACUGCCGAGCAUUUGAUCAAAAAGGGCGCAGAUCUCCACUGUCAAACCAAUAAUGGCCUUACUCCACUUCACGUGGCUGCAUUAUUUGCAGAGAAUAUGCAAAUCAUAGACGUAUUACUCAAGAAUAUUCGAGAUGAAGAGACUGACCAGUACAAAAAGGACGCGAAGCUUUUACCCUCCGGCUUCUGUAAUAAGCACAAGUUGGAAAGAGAAAUUAUUUAUCAGUUGGUGGCAAAAGGAAUGGUCAGCAUUGAACAAGUUCGAAAUUUUAAAGUUUCAUUGGCACUGACUGCGGUCAAACAAAAAUUCGCUCAAAAUCGUCACUCAAAAUCCAGCAACGAGCAUCACGAGCUCGGCGGGGCCAAUCUGAUGGAGGAGGCAGGAAGCGACCGGGACAAACAGCCCAACCAGUGCAUUGAACCAACGUUUGAACAUUUCAGAGAAGAAAACACGUUCAAGGCUGACGUCGGUGACAUUGCACACUUCAUCGGCGACAAUGCAAUCAAAAUGGAGGAUAAAGUUGAUCGGGUAUUUCAAUCGGCUCUAGCUUAUGCAAUCGAGAGUUCGGACGUGGAAAAGGUUUGUAAACUAUCCAAACAAUUCGGAGCAGAUUUCAGCAAAGUGACGUGGGGAGGAGGAAUGAAUGCCCUUCAUGCGGCAUCACAUUCUGCAAAGACGACCAAAAUACUUGACGUCAUUCUGGCAACUGGCAAAUUCGACAUCAACGGAGUCCACAAUGGAUUGACACCUCUCCAUUACGCUAUUUAUGCCAAAAACGUGAUUACUGUUGGCUACUUGCUGGAAAAGGGAGCCGAUCCCACCAUACGCGACCAUAACGGAAUGACUCCAUUACACAUGGCGUCCUAUUAUGCAAAAGACAUGAACAUGAUCAAACUACUCGUACAUCACAAAGACGUGAACGUCAAUUAUUUGGACAAUAGCGGACAUAGUACGCUGGAUUACGCAAUGAACAACGAGCACGGGCUCGGCGAAACAAUUGCUAAUCUGUUGAGGGAAAAAAUGGCCGCGAAGGCAGACGAAUGCAAUCACGAACCGGAAAACAUCGCGACAGUGGUACCAACAGAUCACAUAAAAUUGGUUUCGGACAUAGAAACGAUUCGUUACUUGAUAGAAAACGGACAUGAUGUAAGCGCGUUGACAUGGGGAGAAAACGGAGCGAACGCACUUCACGUCGCAGCAGCUGACGAAGAGACGACGGAUCUCAUCGAUGCCAUUCUGGAAACCGGAAAAUUCGACAUCGACGGAGCUGACAACAUUGGAUGGACACCUCUCCAUUACGCAAUAACGGGAUCAUUGUCUGCAAAAAAUGUUCAUCACCUUAUUCAAUUGGGAGCCGAUCCCAGUGUACCAGACAAGAACGGAGUCACCCCACUGCAUCUGGCGGCCGAAAAUGAAGAGAUGACGGAACUCAUCGACCUCAUUCUGGAAAUUGGGAAAAGCAACAUCAACCCAGUUGACAUCAACGGAAGGACGCCACUCCAUUUCGCAAUCAAAGGACCCAACCCUGUUGCAAUCAAUGCCCGUCGUCUGAUCAAAAUGGGAGCCGACCCAGGCAUCGCAGACAAGAACGGAGUCACCCCUCUUCACAUGGCAGCGAGAAAUGCAGAAUCGAUGGAUCUCAUCGAGCAACUCCUCAAUACGGAAGCGGUGGACGUGAAUUGUGUCGAUAAACAAGUACACACUCCUAUCGAUUGUGCUCGAGCCAACAAACACGGACUAGGUGAAAGGAUUGUCGCCCGACUGAGAGAACAUGACGAAACGGAAUAGUAAGAAUUUAAACCCUGUUUUUCGUUCAAAGUUAUCCCAACUCCUAAUAAGUUAAUCUUGUUAUAUAAUAAUGGCAGUAGCAACAUUUUUUAAAAAAGCAAUAACAUUACUUUUUUUUACCGUCACUCCUAUUGUCAGCCAUUACAGCAUAACUACCUAAGCAAAGUUUAAAGAGGCGACUGUGCUUAAUGUUACAUUUACAUCGUUUGUUGGGAAUAUAAUGACUCCCAACAGUGAUCGACACUUUACUACUGUUAAUUCUGUGUAAUUUGCAGGGACCUCAACAGAGGGCCCCAAUACCAAUUUUACCCUCUCUUCCCACUCAAUCUAUUGUUCCCUACCCUACUCAACCCUAAACUAGCUAUCGAAAUACCAAAAUGAUGUAUAUACGUCAGUGUGAAAUAUAAGGGUCAACUAGCAACAACAAAAAGGUGUCAUCUCUUAUCACAUCAGUAUCGCAUUCUUGGAAGUUGAACGGUCCGACACCGCAAAAAAGAGUUCCAUUUCCAACAUCGUUAUUGGCUUACCUCUCUGUAUGCCAUUAUUCUUUAGACGAGUUGAGGUUAUCUACUAGUUUAUGGAUAAUUGUCAAUAGCUUCUGACGCGCAAAUGCCAAUAUCAAAUUUUGCAUAGUGUGUAUACUACUGUAUACUGUAUAGGCUAUAAACUGACCUGAACAAAGGCAAUUGGCAGUUUGCUGUGUCAGGAUCCAUCUCAGACCUUCUUUUCUUUCGCAUAUAUGUAGACGUCGUCCAACAGCAGGAACACUGGCCCCA